AUGACACGUUCUGAUCCUACUAAGGACUUGCCUGACCUGACGGGCAAAGUUGCAAUUGUCACUGGAGCGACGUCUGGUAUAGGAUAUGUUGUAGCACGAGCACUAUUACGCAAAGGUGCAACUGUGUACCUUGCUGCAAGAAAUGAGAGUAAAGCUACAGGAACUAUUGCACGUUUGCAGGCGGAAGGUCUCGGGCCGGGAAACGGGAAGCCAAUAUUUCUUAAGGCCGUCUUCGACGAUCCCAGGAAUGCGAAGAAAUCUGCGGAAGAGUUCCUGUCUCGUGAGUCUGGGCUUGACAUAUUAGUAAACAAUAUAGCGCGUUAUUUUUCACCCUUUGUGUUCACGAAUAUCCUCUUACCUCUGAUGAAGCAAACGGCUUUACUCCCGGACACGGACGUGCGGAUCGUCAAUGUUGCUUCGGACUCCCAUGCUUUAGUCCCGGAUAUCCGGCUAAAGAACAAGGACGACUUUUAUUUUCCGAAAGUGGUCGACGAAGGAACUGCUAACCAACGCAAGCAUUAUGGCUUCACGAAAUUGUUGGAUAUUUUAUGGACUCGCGAGCUCGCACGUCGUCUUACGGCUUCAUCCAACGACGGAGGUAUUAAUAUUCUGUGCCUCUGCGUUCACCCUGGCUGGGUUGGGACGGAAGGAGUUCUUGAACUCUCAGACCGUUAUCCUUGGCCAUUAUCCUCUUUCUUCAAGUUCUUAACGCGACUCCUGUUUAGAACACCGGAACAGGGUGGAAGCACUGUACUUAUUCCUGCAGCAGCACAGUCGAUACGGAAUGAUUCGGGCAGAUAUCAUGGACAAUAUCUGGUACCUUACGGCAAGUUAGGUCCAGCGUCAAAAGAUGCACUGGAUGAUUCUCUUGCAAGGGAUUUAUGGGAUCUGACAGAACGUGUUUUGACUGAGUAUGGUUUGGGGAAUGAGUCACUAACAAGUACAGGGCGCAAUUAG